AUGGCUAUGGUUCUAGAUGCAGUUAUUGGAAAAGUAGUGGAUGAGCUAUUGAGUUCAGUUGUUGAAAUGAAGAACAAAGCCUUGAAGUUCAAAUCAACUCUAGAAAGAUUAGAAAAAACUCUCGAAUCAUUAGCACCAUUGAUGAAUCAAAUAGAUGAACUCAACAAGAAACUGGAUCGACCAGCUAAAGAAACUGAGAGACUAAUCCAGCAUAUGAAAGAUGGAAAAGAACUCGUUCUCAAGUGUUGUGAUGAAGACAGAUUCCAGUGGUGGAAUUGUUGUUACAAGAAGGCGGAGUAUCAAGAACAGCUUGAAGAGUUGGAUGGUGAGAUUAGAAGAUUCUUUGAGCUUGAUUUGAGAGCUCAAGAUGCGAGGAAUGGUUUGGAAACACUUUUGGAGAUUAAAGAGUUUCGUGCUGAGUUUAGAAGUGUUGGGUUGAGGAAUGAGAGGAUUGAACUGAGAGGUGUUUGUUUGCCUCCUCAACCGCCGGGUUUUAUUGUUGGGUUGGAUGGUCCUUUGAAUGAGUUGAAGAUGAGGUUGCUGAAAGAUGAUGUUAGUGUUUCUGUUGUUACGGUUACUGGUUCUGGUGGUUCGGGGAAAUCUACGUUGGUGAAAAGGUUUUGUUGGGAUGAACAAGUAAAAGGUAAAUUCAAGGAAAAUAUCUUCUUCAUUACAUUUGCAAAAGCACCAAAACUGAAUGCUAUAGUGCAGAAACUGUUUCAACACACUGGCUACCAAGCUCCCGAUUUUCAAAGCGAUGAAGAUAUGUUUAACCAAUUGGAACAAUUGAUGAAACAAAUUGUGAAAAAUGGCCCGAUACUGUUGGUCUUAGACGAUGUUUGGCUAGGAUCGGAAUCACUUGUUGACAAUUUUGUGUUUGAGAUUGCUAAUUACAAGAUUUUGGUGACAUCAAGAUUUGCUAUUGGAAGAUUCGGACAUCCGUUCGUCUUGAAACCUCUUUCGGAAGCAAAUGCUAUAAAUUUGUUUAAGCAUUCAGCUUCCUUAACUAAGAGCAACUCAGAUAUUCCGGAUGAUGUUGUGAAAGAGAUAGUAAGAGGUUGUAGCGGUUCUCCCUUAGCACUUCGAGUGAGUGGAAGAUCGUUGAGUAACGAACAACAGAUAGUUUGGCUUAACAGGGCUAAGGAAUUAUCAGCUGGUGGCUUAUUUCCUGAAGACCAGAGGAUCCCUGUCGUUGCCCUCAUUGAUAUGUGGGCAGAAAUAAGGAAUGAAGACGACGCAACUGCAGUGGAAAGAAUCUAUAAACUAGUUAACCUCAACUUAGCUGAUAUUAUUGUCACAAGGAAAGUUGCGAGUGGCACAAUUGACUACAACUACCAUUAUGUUACACAACAUGGUCUUCUUCGUGACCUAGCCAUCCGUAAUAAUAGCCACGAGCCCGAGGAUAAGAGGAAUAGGCUCAUAAUUGACACAAGUGCAAAUAAUCUUCCAUCAUGGUGGACUUCAGAGACUGAAUAUCACAUUGCAGCUCGCGUUUUAUCUAUAUCAACUGAUGAGGCAUUCCCUUCAAAAUGGUGUAACUUGCAACCAACUGAAGUUGAGGCUUUAGUGUUAAACCUGAGAGAAAAGAAGUGCACACUGCCAAUGUUCAUGAAGAAAAUGACCAAACUAAAAGUUUUGAUAAUCACAAAUUAUGAUUUCUAUCAUGCUGAAUUAGAUAAUUUUGAGCUUCUCGACCAUCUAUCAGGUCUCAGACGAAUCAGAUUAGAGAAAGUCUCGAUUCCUUUCCUCGGAAAAACAAUACUACAACUGAAGAAUCUUCAAAAGUGUUCUUUCUUUAUGUGCAAUGUGAAUGAAGCAUUUAAAACUUGCACUAUCCAAGAUUCAGAAAUUUUGCCAAACUUGGUGGAGAUGAAUUUCGAUUACUGUGACAUGGUGGAAUUGCCAAAUGUGAUUUCUUACAUUGUGUCCCUAAAGAAGGUUAGUAUUACAAAUUGUCAUAAGCUUAGUGCACUUCAUGAAGGAAUUGGAAAAUUGGUUAAUUUGGAAUCAUUGAGGCUAAGUUCAUGCAGUGGUUUAUUAAAGUUGCCAGAUUCAAUCACAAAUAUUCCUAGGCUAAAGUUUCUUGACAUCUCUGGUUGCAUAAGCCUUGGUCAGUUACCUGAGAAUAUGGGUGAGUUGGUGAAACUAGAAAAGGUGAAUAUGAGAGGCUGCUCUAGUAUUAGUGAAUUGCCGGCAUCAGUUAUGGAUCUUGAGGGGUUAAAGCAUGUGGUUUGUGAUGAAGAAACUGCUGAAAAAUGGGAACCUUUUAGGACCAUUCUUGGUGAUAUAAGGAUAGAGGUUGUUCAAGAAGAUUUCAAUUUAGAUUUUCUUUAUAAUCAGUAG